AUGGUCACUGGCAAACGUGUACAACCCGCGGUCUCGCAGCAGGAUGCGAGUGAUUAUAGUCUUCAGUUGAAUCGUUGGUUCCUGAAGUCAGUAGGUGCUUGGCCGAGAUCAGCCACUACAACAGUCGGAGAAAAAGUGCGGUCAACGAUACAAAUAUUUAUUUGCUAUUCCCUGAUAGCCUUUGCAGUUGUGCCGUGCAUCUUGAACAUUCUGUUCGAGGAGACCGACGUUCAUAUGAAAUUGAAAGCCGUGGGGCCAUUGAGUCAUUGGUGCAUGGGUGGCAUGAAUUACUUUUCGUUAUUGUUUCGUAGUCGCGAAAUACAUCGUUGCAUGCAGCAUAUGAAAACUGAUUGGCGAACAGUGACGGAAUUCGAAGACCGACAAGUAAUGCUAAAAUACGCCAAGUUUGGCAGGUUUGUCGCUGGUUUGUGUGCAGUUUUUAUGCACAGCGGCGUAUUCUCCCAUAGCCUUCUGCAAGGUAUCACGCCAACGAUUGCCUAUAUUGGCAACAAAAGUGUGAUGGUACAUGUGCUACCAUGUCCCUCUUACAGCAAAUUUGUGGAUAUUAGAUAUAGUCCAGAAGGCGAAAUCGCGUUAGUAUUGCAACUCAUAUCUAGCAUCGUUGUCAAUUCCGUGACAGUUAGCGCUUGUAGUCUCGCGGCAGUAUUUGCGAUGCAUGCGUGCGGUCAAUUGAGUGUGCUGAUGAGAUGGUUGGAUCGCUUGGUGUAUGAUCAAAAACAGUUUGACACGGUUCAACGUCGAUUGGCAAUAAUUGUGGAACACCAUUUAAGAGUACUACG